UUUAAUGUUUACAGAAUGAAGAGGAACAAUUUAUCUGUUGGGAAUAAAGUUGUCCAGUCUUCACCAGCAGUGAAACAGCCUAAACUUGGGUUCUACUCUUCUCUCAACCAGACUCAUACAUACACUGUCCUUCUAGACUGGGGGAGUUUGCCUCACUAUGUAGUGUUACGCAUUUUUCAGUAUCUUCCUUUAAUGGAUCGGGCCCGGGCAUCUUCUGUAUGUAGGAGAUGGAAUGAAGUUUUUCAUAUUCCUGACCUUUGGAGAAAGUUUGAGUUUGAACUGAACAAGUCAGCUACUUCAUAUUUUAACUCCACUCAUCCUGAUCUCAUUCAGCAGAUCAUUAAAAAGCAUGCUGCCCAUCUCCAGUAUGUCAGCUUUAAGGUUGAUAGUAGUACUGAAUCAGCAGAAGCUGCCUGUGACAUACUUUCUCAGCUGGUAAAUUGUUCUAUACAGACUUUGGGCUUGAUUUCAACGGCCAAGCCAAGUUUUAUGAAUGUGUCAAAGUCUCAUUUUGUGUCAGCACUUACAGUUGUUUUUGUCAACUCAAAAUCAUUAUCAUCAAUCAAAAUUGAAGACACACCAGUGGAUGAUCCUUCUUUGAAGAUUCUUGUGGCCAAUAAUAGUGAUACUCUAAGACGCCUCAAAAUGAGUAGCUGUCCUCAUGUUUCAUCUGAUGGAAUCCUUUGUGUAGCUGACCAUUGUCAAGGUCUUAGAGAACUGGCAUUAAAUUAUUACAUGCUAAGUGAUGAACUUCUCCUGGCACUUUCAAGUGAGACCCAUGUUAACCUUGAGCAUCUUCGAAUAGAUGUUGUGAGUGAAAAUCCUGGACAAAUCAAAUUUCUUUCUAUUAAAAAACAAAGUUGGGAUGUACUCAUUGAACACUCCCCUGGAGUUAAUGUUGUUAUGUACUUCUUUUUAUAUGAAGAGGAAUUGGAGACGUUCUUCAAAGAAGAAACCCCUGUUACUCACCUUUAUUUUGGUCGUUCCAUAAGCAAAGCAGUUCUAGGACGGAUAGGUCUUAACUGUCCACGACUAAUAGAGUUAGUAGUAUGUGCUCAUGGUCUUCAGGCUCUUGAUAAUGAACUUAUUUGUAUUGCUGAACACUGUAAAAACUUAACAGCCUUGGGCCUCAGUCAAUGUGAAGUUAGCUGCAGUGCAUUCAUUGAGUUUGUAAGACUAUGUGGGAGAAGGCUAACCCAGCUCUCUGUCAUGGAGGAAGUUUUGAUCCCUGAUGAUGAUUAUAGCCUAGAUGAAAUUCAUGCUGAAGCCUCCAAAUACCUGGGAAGAGUAUGGUUCCCUGAUGUCAUGCCUCUCUGGUAA